AUUUAACAAUGUCUACGAAUGCAUGAUCAUUGAGAGGAAGUUUUACAUCACUGAAACAAUCAUAUUUCCAAGGGGUUAUGAGCAUUUAUCUAAGGAAGAUUUUUCUGGCGAAACAACGUUAUCAUAUGAAGCCCUUGCCCUAUUUAUUCCAAGAAAUAUCUUUCUUGUUGGCCCUCUACACUGA